UUUUUCAACCACCGCAAUCUCAUAGACAUUGUUUUCAAAUCACUUCUUUUCUCCUCUGCGUCCUUCAUCUUCUUCUCCCCCACUCUAUUUUACUCUAUUGCUAGUAUUUUUCUUUCCACAUUCUAUUAUAGCUCUCUUUCUCUCUCUUUCUCUCUCUCUCUCUCUCUCUCUCUCUCUCUCUCUCUCUCUCGCCUAGAAGUAAAUUCGACGCUUCCUCUAAAUUUAGCAUCUAUCUCUUCAAUCCUCUUUCACUUCACUUCACUUCACUCUCUCCAUCUCAUACUUCUUUUAAAUUCACCACCAUAACUCACCCACGUGCAUUUCGUCAUUCCCAUUUCCAAUUUCUCACUACACCAAACAGUUUCCAAUUCCAUGCCGCACCGAAUCGGAUAACAUUUUAACCAGAUCUGAACCAGCGCACACCAGAUCCAAAUCCACAAUGGAAGAAGCACUAGAGCUAGCACGCGCAAAAGACGCAAAAGAAAGAAUGGCUGGCGUGGAGCGUCUCCACCAAGUUCUAGAAGCUUCUAGAAGAAGUCUCAGUUCAACCGAAGUUACUUCUCUCGUUGAUUGUUGUUUGGAUCUCUUGAAGGAUAGUAGUUUUAGAGUCUCUCAGGGCGCGCUUCAAGCUUUGGCUUCCGCUGCCGUUCUCUCCGGCGAUCACUUUAAGCUUCAUUUCAACGCGCUUGUUCCCGCCGUCGUUGAUCGAUUAGGUGAUGCUAAACAGCCUGUUCGCGAUGCUGCUAGGAGGCUCUUGCUCACUCUCAUGGAGGUUUCAUCUCCUACAAUAAUUGUUGAAAGAGCAGGGUCUUUUGCUUGGACAUGCAAAAACUGGAGAGUCAGAGAGGAAUUUGCGCGAACUGUGACAUCUGCAAUCGGUCUAUUUUCAUCUACUGAACUACCCCUUCAACGGGCUAUUCUUCCUCCUAUUUUGCAAUUGCUGAGUGAUCCAAAUCCUGCUGUUAGGGAAGCAGCUAUUUUGUGCAUUGAGGAAAUGUAUGCACAAGCCGGGUCUCAAUUUCGUGAUGAACUUCAGCGCCACAACCUCCCUUCUUCUUUGGUGAAAUAUAUUAAUGCUAGGCUAGAGGGGAUUCAACCAAAAGUUCAGUCUUCAAAUGGUAUUUCUAGUGGUUAUAUCCCCGGAGAAAUUAAUGCUUUGAGUGUUAAUCCCAAGAAAAGUAGUCCAAAGGCUAAAAGUUCAUCAAAAGAGACAUCUCUUUUCGGAGUAGAUGGCGAUGUCACUGAGAAAGCCGUAGAACCUAUCAAGGUGUAUUCAGAGAAGGAAUUAAUCAGGGAAAUUGAGAAGAUUGCAUCUACCCUUGUACCAGAAAAGGAUUGGUCAAUCAGAAUUGCUGCCUUGCAGAGAAUUGAACGUCUUGUUUUGGGAGGUGCUGCUGAUUAUCCAUGUUUUUUUGGACUCUUAAAACAGCUUGUUGGACCUUUAAGCACACAACUGUCAGAUCGAAGGUCUACCAUUGUGAAGCAGGCAUGCCAUCUAUUAUGCUUUUUGUCGAAAGAUUUCUUGGGUGAUUUUGAAGCAUGUGCUGAAAUGUUCAUACCAGUCCUUUUGAAGCUGGUUGUGAUUACUGUGCUUGUAAUUGCAGAGUCUGCAGAUAAUUGCAUAAAAACGAUGCUACGCAACUGCAAGGUUGCACGUGUGCUCCCUCGGAUAGCUGAUUGUGCAAAAAAUGACCGUAGUGCAAUACUUCGUGCAAGGUGCUGUGAUUAUGCUCUUCUGAUACUAGAACAUUGGCCUGAUGCACCAGAAAUACAGCGAUCAGCAGAUUUAUACGAGGAUAUGAUAAGGUCUUGUGUUUCAGACGCAAUGAGUGAGGUGCGGUCGACCGCCAGGAUGUGCUACAGAAUGUUCGCAAAAACUUGGCCAGAUCGUUCCCGUCGCCUACUUUCAUCCUUUGACCCUUCUAUUCAAAGGUUAAUAAAUGAAGAGGAUGGAAGCAAACAUAGGCGGCAUGCAUCACCUUCCAUUCGUGAUAGAAGUGCACCAAUGUCAUCAACUAGUCAAGCUUCAGCUCCUUCUAAUCUAACUGGUUAUGGAACUUCUGCUAUUGUUGCAAUGGACAGAAGACCUAGUUUAUCAUCAGGGACUUCUAUGUCCUCUGGUGUUCUGCUUUCACAAGCUAAGUCACUUGGUAAAGGUACAGAACGUAGUUUAGAAAGCGUACUGCAUGCAAGUAAACAAAAGGUCACUGCUAUUGAGAGCAUGCUUAGAGGUUUGGAUUUGUCAAAUAAGCAUAAUUCAUCUGCUCUGCGAUCUUCAAGUUUGGAUCUAGGAGUUGACCCUCCCUCAUCUCGUGAUCCCCCAUUCCCUGCUGCUGUUUCAGCAUCUAAUCAUCUGACCACCCCUUUAACAACAGAAUCAACUGCUUUGGGUUUCAGCAAAGGUAGUAGCCGGAGUGGUGGUUUGGGUUUGUCCGACAUAAUCACCCAAAUUCAAGCUUCCAAAGAUUCUGGCAAGUUAUCAUAUAAUAGCAAUGUUGGUAUUGAACCUUUAUCAGAUUUUUCGUCAUACACAAGUAAAAGGACUACUGAAAAAUUACAAGGAAGAAGUUCUGUUGAUGAAAACAGUUACAUCCGAGAGACUAGGCGGUAUAUGAAUCCCAAUGUGGAUAGGCAGUAUAUGGAUGCCCUUUAUAGAGAUGGAAACUUCAGGGAUUCACCGAAUAGUUAUGUGCCUAAUUUUCAGAGGCCACUAUUGAGAAAGAAUGUAUCUGCACGCGUGUCUGCUGGCAGGAGGAGAAGUCUUGAUGAUAGUCAAUUAUCUCUAGGAGAGAUGUCAAAUUAUGCAGAUGGACCGGUAUCUCUUCAUGAAGCUCUGAGCGAAGGACUUAGUUCAGGUUCUGACUGGUCUGCCAGGGUUUCUGCCUUUAAUUACCUUCACUUGUUAUUGGAGCAAGGUCAAAAGGGAAUUCAAGAAGUAAUCCAGAAUUUUGAGAAGGUAAUGAAGUUAUUUUUUCAGCAUUUGGAUGACCCCCAUCAUAAAGUCGCACAGGCUGCUCUCUCCACACUUGCAGACAUUAUUCGUACAUGCAGAAAGCCCUUUGAGGGUUACAUGGAACGAAUGUUACCCCAUGUGUUUUCUCGUUUAAUUGACCCCAAAGAGCUUGUUAGGCAAGCAUGCUCUAUGACUUUGGAGGCUGUUGGCAAAACAUACAGUAUAGAUUCUCUCUUGCCUGCAUUGCUACGUUCUCUUGAUGAACAAAGGUCGCCAAAGGCUAAAUUGGCUGUUAUUGAGUUUGCAAUCAGUUCCUUUAACAAGCAUUCAAUGAAUCCAGACGGUGCUGCUAAUAUCGGCAUCCUAAAAUUAUGGCUUGCCAAGUUAGCCCCAUUGGUCCACGAUAAAAAUACAAAGCUUAAAGAAGCAGCUAUUACAUGCAUUAUAUCAGUAUACUCUCACUUUGAUUCAUCUGCAGUUUUGAAUUUUAUUCUUAGUUUGUCAGUUGAUGAACAAAAUUCUUUGAGACGAGCCCUUAAACAGCGCACACCUCGAAUUGAAGUAGACUUAAUGAACUAUCUGCAGAACAGGAAAGAGCGGCGUACUAAGUCUUCCUAUGAUCCAUCUGAUGUCGUGGGAACAUCCUCUGAAGAGGGAUAUGCUGGUUUGUCUAGGAAUGCUCAUUACAUUGGAAGGUAUUCUGCUGGUUCUCUAGAUAGUGAUGGUGGCAGGAAAUGGAGCUCCCUAGAUUCAAACCUGAUUAAAGCUAGUCUUGGCCAAUCAGCUUCUGAUGAAACUGAGCAACAUUUGUAUCAGAAUUUUCAGACUGAUCGUGAUAGUGGCAUUGUUGGUUCAAAAACCAAAGAUCUUGCUUACACAGUCAAUUCAAUGGAUCAAAACUUUGGCUAUCAAACUGACCAACUUGGAUAUGUGGAUAGUAGCAUGAACUUUGAAGGUCUAUCAUCUGAUGUGGAUGUUAAUGGUCUGACGUCAUUAGAACAUUUAAAUAUUGCCGAAGGCUAUGGACAUGGCAAAGAACAUCUUUCUGAAUUGAACCAUAAUCAUCACUCAGCUGAAGAUGUGAAGGUCAACCACAUGACUGACAUAGGACUCAGCAUUCCUCAAAUUCUUCAUACGAUAUGCAGUGGGGGUGAUGGAAGCACUAUUUCAAGUAAGCGGACCGCACUUCUACAGUUAGUUGAAGCUUCUGUAGCAAAUGAUCAUUCUGUUUGGAUCCAGUACUUCAAUCAGAUAUUGACUGUUGUGCUUGAGGUGCUGGAUGAUUCAGAUUCUUCAAUCAGAGAGCUUGUGCUUUCAUUGAUAGUUGAAAUGCUUAAAAACCAGAAAGAUGCCAUGGAAAAUUCAGUUGAGAUUGUAAUUGAAAAGCUGCUUAAUGUUACAAAGGAUAUUGUUCCCAAGGUCUCAAAUGAAGCCGAACACUGCCUGACAAUUGUUUUAUCUCAGAAUGAUCCAUUCAGAUGUUUAAGUGUUAUUAUCCCUCUAUUGGUUACCGAGGAUGAGAAAACUCUCGUCACUAGCAUAAAUUGCUUGACUAAGAUUGUAGGGCUGCUCUCUCAAGAUGAACUGAUGGCUCAGUUACCCUCAUUUCUACCUGCAUUGUUUGAAGCUUUUGGAAACCAGAGUGCUGAUGUCCGUAAGACUGUUGUUUUCUGUCUGGUGGAUAUUUAUAUCAUGCUUGGGAAAGCCUUCUUGCCAUAUUUGGAAGGACUCAACAGCACACAGUUGAAGUUGGUUACCAUUUACGCAAAUCGAAUCUCACAGGCAAGGACAGGAAAACCAAUUGAUGCUGCUAACGAUUAGCAGGUUCACUGGGAAGAACAUUUAUGGGUUUUGAAUAUUUUCCUAUUCAUUGUUGUGUAUUUUGUAUAUUGUGUGCAUGAAAUUUUUGUGGGUUUUGGCUGUUUCUUUUCUUACCUUUGUAUUGUAUUCUUUUUUUGUUUUCCAUUUUCCCUGAGGAUGAAUGUCAGAUUUGAAGAGUGUUGUUGGUUGUGGUGUAAUAUGGUGUAUAAAUUGUAAUUUACAUACUCAUUAUUGAUUGGAUUAUAUGGUGAUGAUUUGUUUAAACGUG